AUGUCAAUGCUUAGUGCUGGAAACAAAACUGUUUACUUAUUUCAUCUCUCUGAAAAUGCGCAUAUUCUUGAUGGUUGGCAUAAUGGCAAGUCUUGCAGGCUUCGAUGGUGCAACCAGCUCUCCCCACCCGUGGAACAUCGGGCCUUCACCCCCGAAGAAGACGACACUAUAAUCAAAGCUCAUGCUCGGUUCGGUAACAAGUGGGCCACCAUAGCCCGACUCCUUUCUGGCAAAACCGACAAUACCAUUAAGAACCACUGGAACUCCACCCUCAAACGCAAGUGCGCCUCCAUGGGCCCCAUCGACGAUCCUCACUUCGCGCAGCCACUCAAACGCUCCAUCAGCAUUAGCGCCGCCGUACCCGUGUCAACGAUGGUGGUGAGGUACUUGUUGCCGACGGUGAUGGCGACGACGGAGGUGGCAGGCCGUGGCCCAACUCGUCCAUGCCCUUCACCACUUUGA